AUGGCUGAUCGUCUGAUGGAGGUUGAGCGUUUAUCAUCCACGACGGCCGCUCAGAUUUCACAGCUUCUCACUGCUUCCACAUCUGGCCUGGCCGAGCUCAAGACACAGAUUUCCCAAUUGUCAGGGACUGUUGCUGCUUUACAGCUGUGCCGAUCUGCCGGCAUAUCUCGACGUUCCUUUAGCCGUGAUCGUCGUCGUCACCGCUCUCGCCCCAGGACCGCAAACCUAUGUUGGUAUCAUGUAAACUUUGGCGAUAAGGCACGCCACUGUGUCCCGCCCUGCUCCUUCAAGUCCUCGCAGGUAAACUCCCUGGCCGAAGAGUAAAUGCGGCCGAGCUCUCUGGCAACUCUACCGACUUCAAAUCUUGCAUCUGUGAUAACGCGAGUGGCAGACGUUUCUUAAUCGACACUGACACCGCCUUCGGCAUUUUAUGCGGAUACUUUCUCCGGUUCCGCCCAGCUCCUCCGCCUCUCCGUCUUAUCUCGAGGACUCCGCAACGUGCUCUCAUGUCUACCUCCAUGUGAUCGAGUCCUCUGGUCUCUGGAACCGCCCUAUGACGGCCCAUUCCGGGUCCUCUCUCAAGCGACGAAGACGUUUCGCAUUCAACUCGCCAAUCGUGAGGAGGUCGUGAGUGUGGACCGCCUCAAAUCAUCUGUACCGAACUUUCCGUCGGACUAG